CAAGUUACCAGGACACGUUCACUUUGCGUUGGUCUGAUUCUCUAGAGUUCAUGACACACAAGCUGCUACACAACACGAGUCAGGGCAAAUACACGCUGGGAAUCGAACUGAGUGGUGGUGUUUCAUCCCCUCAUCCACACACCGUUACACUGGACACACUCCCACACACAGUCACGUGAUUUCCAGUAACUGCAGAGAGGGGGAGGAGCCUCCAGUGAAAGUGAAAGUGUUCAGACUCGUUCUAACUUCGAGGAGCAGACGGAGGAGACGUGAAGUCUGAGGCUGAGAGAAGAAGAUUCAGGAUGAACUUCUGUCAGUCAAUCAACAGUUUGACUCAACGCUGUGAUUGGCUGAGUCCAACACAUUAAACCUACAACUGUCUCAGGUUACGUGACAACAGGGACACAGUACUGAAGAUGAGUGUUCAAGAGGAGGAAGAGGAGAGAGCAGAGUCUCCAGGGUUCAGCUGUGUGUCUCUGAAGAGGGACUGGUCCAUGGGAGAUCCCCCACUCUUCAGUAAAGAACCUGGACCCUCAACCACAAAAGGUCAGGACCACAGACUGAGAGCAGAGUCUCCAGGGUCCAGAUGUCUGUCUCUGAAGAGUGACUGGUCCAUGGGAGUUCCUCCACUCUUCAGUAAAGAACCUGGACCCUCACCCACAGAGGAGAGGAAGAGGAGUCAUGUUUCUGAGGAGGAGCAGUCGUCCUGCUGUGCUUCGUGUCAGGACGUCCUGAAGGAUCCAGUCUCCACCAGCUGUGGACACUGGUUCUGCAGACGGUGCAUCACCUCAUACUGGGACCAGUCUGGUUCUUCAGGAGACUCCUCCUGUCCCCAGUGUGGAAAAAGAUCCAGAACAGGAGCUGGAGCAGAUCGUGGUCUGCAGGAGGUUUCAGAUGAACAUAAGCUCAGUGUGAGGAGGAGAUGUGAACAUGUGACUGAAGGAAGUGAUGAAACAGGAAGUAGAACCCUCCUCAACAGGAUCUACACUGAGCUCCACAUCACAGAGGGACAGAGUGAAGAGGUUAAUACUCAACAUGAGGUGAGGCAGCUUGAGACGGCUUCCAAGAAGAAGAUCCUCCAGGACACUCCCAUCAAGGUCCACGACAUCUUUAAAGCCUCCACUGACCAGCAGAGCAGCAUCAGAGUCGUCCUGACCAACGGAGUCGCUGGCGUUGGAAAAACCUUCUCGGUGCAGAAGUUCACUCUGGACUGGGCAGAGGGUUCAGAGAACCAGGAUGUGGGUCUGCUGGCUGUGCUUUCGUUCAGGGAGCUGAACCUGGUGAAGGACCAGCAGCACAGUCUUCUCACGCUGCUCCAUGUUUUCCAUCCAGCGUUACAGAAGCUCACGGCAGAGACGCUCGCUGUCUGUAAACCUUUGUUCAUCUUUGACGGCCUGGAUGAAAGCAGACCUUCUCUGGACUUCAACCACAGGGAGCUUGUGUCUGAGGUCACACAGAGGUCAUCAGUCAACGUGCUGCUGACAAACCUCAUCCGGGGGAAUCUGCUUCCCUCGGCUCUCGUCUGGAUAACCUCCAGACCUGCGGCGGCCAAUCAGAUCCCUCCUGCAUGUGUUGACAGGGUCACAGAAGUACGAGGCUUCACUGAGGCCCAGAAGGAGGAGUACUUCAGGAGGAGAUUCAGUGAUGAAGAGCUGUGCAGCAGAAUCAUCUCACACAUCAAGACGUCCAGGAGCCUCCACAUCAUGUGUCAAAUCCCAGUCUUCUGCUGGAUCAGUGCUACAGUUCUGGAGCACAUGUUGACCACAGACCAGAGAGGAGAGCUGCCCAAGACCCUGACUGACCUGUACUCACACUUCCUGCUGGUUCAGACAAAGAGGAAGAACAACAAGUACGGUGAGGGACAUGAGACGACUCCACAGCAGCUGACGGAGGCUGACAGGGACGUUCUCCUGAAGCUGGGGAGGCUGGCACUUAAACAUCUGGAGGAAGGAAACAUCAUGUUCUACCAAGAAGACCUGGAGAGGUGUGGUCUUAAUGUCACAGAGGCCUCGGUGUACUCAGGACUUUGUACUGAGAUCUUCAGAAGAGAGUGUGUGAUCUUCCAGAAAUCAGUCUACUGCUUUGUUCAUCUGAGCGUUCAGGAGUUUCUGGCUGCAGUCUACAUGUUCCACUGUUACACCGAGAGGAACACAGAAGAACUCAACAACUUCUUGGGAACAAAUUGGAUCAUAUACAGAAUCUUCUCCCUGGAUGACCUCCUGAAGAGAACCGUGGAGAAAUCCCUCACCAGUACAAAUGGUCAUCUGGACCUGUUUGUUCGCUUCCUUCACGGCCUCAGUCUGGAGUCCAACCAGAGAGUCCUAGGAGGCCUGCUGGGUCGGACAGAGAACAAUCCAGAGAUCAUCCAGAGAGUCAUCAACAACCUGAAGAAGAUGAAGAGUUACAACAUUUCUCCUGACAGAAGCAUCAACAUCUUCCACUGUCUGACUGAGAUGAACGACCACUCAGUUCAUCAGCAGAUGAAACAGUUCCUGACGUCAGAGAACAGAUCAAAGGAGGAACUCUCUGAGAUCCACUGCUCAGCUCUGGCCUACAUGCUGCAGAUGUCAGAGGAGGUUCUGGAUGAGUUGGACCUGAAGAAGUUCAACACAUCAGACCAGGGUCGACUGAGACUGAUCCCAGCUGUGAGGAACUGCAGGAAGGCUCUACUCGUUGAUUGUGAACUCUCAGAGACUCACUGUGAAGUCGUGGCCUCAGCUCUGAAGUCAGACCCCUCACAUCUGAGAGAACUUGAUCUGAGUAUCAACAAGCUGCAGGAUUCAGGAGUGAAGCUGCUGUGUUCUGGACUGGAGAGUCCAAACUGUCGACUGGAGACUCUGAGGUUGAAGAGCUGCAGUCUGUCAGAGAUCAGCUGUUCUUCUCUGGCUUCAGCUCUGAGGUCAAACCCCUCUCAUCUGAGAAAACUGGAUCUGAGCUGGAACAACCUGCAGGACUCAGCAGUGAAGGAGCUUCUUGAUCUACAGCAGAGUCCAACCUGUCGACUGGAGACUCUGAGGUGGAGAUGAGUGUGAAGAGGACAGUGUGUGUGGACGGAGGCUGAGCUGUGUCCUGAGGAUCCAGAGGCUGAAGCAGCAGCAGCUUGUGUGUAGUCUCCAAUCUACACAACCCCUAAUCUGCAUGUGUUUGUGAGAUGAAGCCGGAGCACCUGGAGAAAACACGGGAAGAACAUGCAGACUCCACACAGGAAGACCCCAUCUGAACCGGAUUCAAACCAGCAACCUUCCUGCCCAGAUUGGGUUUAUUCACAUUAAGAAUGUGUUUAUUGAAAUGACACAACACAAGCAGAAUAGAUAAACCCUCUAUAAAGAGUCACAUACACAAAGUUCAACACAUUGAAAUCACUUUGAGUUUAAAAUCAGAGUUUUGUCUUUGACACAAAAGAUCAAAACUCUGGACUUAAAAAUGGGACGUUUUCAUUUCUGCAUCAGGUGCAGAGCGUGGUGGCUUUUCUACUUUUGACCCACAGGUGGCGCUGCAGUAUAACAGCAGCACAUCCCAGUCAAAGCCUUUAUAUUCAGUCUAUGAGUCAAACACAUGGAUCAUUUCCUCUGUGACAAACCAGAUGUAACGAGAGGAAAAACAUCUCAGAGAGAAAAGUUCUGUUUCUACUUGUCUCUGCUUUAAUGCUCAAUAAACAUCCUUCCACCGAC